CUCUGACGUGAAGAGAUAUAAUGCCAUGCUACCCACAUGAACUAUAUCCGUAUUUAGGGGCCAAAUUCCCACUCCACGUACCUCAAAAAAUCUCAUUGGAAUUCUACUAGGUGUUCAACUACAUAUCGACCAAUUGCAUCACCAAGAGGUCUCGAUCGUACCGGCGUAGCUUAAACUUUUUAACUUCGAUGUCAUCACAAAGGUCGAGUUCGAUGGAGGCGCAAGACAACAUCAGGAAGCGAGUCUGUAAAGCUUGCGACCGGUGCCGACUGAAAAAAUCAAAGUGUGAUGGAGCAAGUCCCUGCAGCCGUUGCAAAGCCGAUAACGCCAUCUGCGUUUUUGGUGAGAGGAAGAAGUCACAAGACAAAGUCUAUCCUAAAGGCUACGUUGAAAUGCUUGAACAACAACAGACGCAACUAGUCGCCGGACUUCGAGAAUUGUAUACUCGCCUACAGUCAGGACAAGGUUGGCCAGGUCAACCCUUACGCGAGGCCCAAGGCGGUCAUCCUUUGACACACGAUAUACUCGAACGACUUGAUCUUCUACAUGGACCGAGCGAGAACGGCAGUAACUACGAAGGGUUCGAGGAAGACUGCAGUCGCAUGCAACACAAGCUGCUCGAGAGAGGGGCACCACUAUCUCGCAGGCGCGGAUCCGUGAGUUCGGACUCAGAGCCCGGCCAUACAUCAUCUCCCUCGUCAUAUAGUGGAACCCCGACAACAAGGCAGUUCCCCUUUACAGACCCAUUCGCACGCAACAACGCGCCACCAACACCGCCCAUGAACAGCCCAUUCCCGAACCAACCCCAGAUGGUCGCACCUAUGAAACAAGAAUCACCGAUGGUUUCCUCGACAUUUAUGCAAACCGGGGCUCUGGACCCCUCUGCUCUGUCUCGAGCGUGGAUGACCGACUCGAUGAUGAUGGACGAGCCAAUGGACUUCAGCAAAUCAUUGUCUGGAUUUGACAACUUCAACAACAGCUUUGACCAGAUCAUGAUGGGCGACCCGAUAUACUUGAACCCUAACGACCCAAUGAUGCCUGACUGGAACAAUACGACCGACCUGGACUUUAACAACUUCAUACAAAAUCCGGUUGGCGCAUGAAUGGCGCAGACCUCCUUCUCAGCAUUCUUAGUCUAGCGUUCUAGCGUUUUGGGAUAGAUCCACAAGUACUGGCAUUCGGCGUUAACGGACAAGGCUGGCAUCACAUGAUCAACCUUGCAUAGUUAUCUUUUAUAUCACGAUUGCGGAAAGAGGCCUUCACUAUGACGUGAAGACCGCAGUAGCGGCCGACCGGACCGACUUCCAAGUUCAACCAUCAAGACUCUUGAUGGUGGAUUAGAAAGCUAUACCCGGUCGUCAAUGCGCUUGUGAAGUUGAUUUUAUCUGUAUAAUAAUCAAAUCGAAAGACGUUUUCAGCACUUGGCAGAUGCGAUGAUUAGUGAUGCAGGGGACGUUUCGACACGGACCUCCGCUUGCGCUUACUAA